UCCACUAGCGGUCCUACUCGCUGUUACAAGCCUUGCGCUUGGUGUCAAACAAAGCUUGUGCGUGCCUGCUCUACUCUAUAAGGUAAGUCUUGAAAAUGCUCCUCCAUGCCGACGACGGCUUCCGGAAGUACAUCGGAUAUUUUGAGCAUGAAAUUUCAAGGGCAGUGUCGGCGGACACGCUCAUUCUGAACAUAGUCCCAAACAUCGAGGUCCUCCAGGGGUGCGAUGCAAGGUAUAAAGAUUGGAACGUCGAUGUUCGAUCAGUACAUCGCAACGAUUACCAGAGGACGAAUCCAACUUACCAACACUCAUUCAAGUUUGACAAGAUAAUUUCCCUGUACCGCUGAUUGCAAAUCCAUGACAUACCAGUCCACCCCAUACGAUCAAGUCUCCCUCAUGAGCCACGAACCCGGACCACCGUCUUAUCCUGCCCAACCCAGCGUCGCCUACAACAUGUCUCCCAUAGACGCCUCCAGCAAGCCCCACUACGACAACACCAUUCCUCUCUCCUCCCUCACCCGUUCCUCCGCCCCGGUCGAGUGCCCAGCCUGCAACCACCGCGGCAUGACAGAGACGGAUUAUCAGAGCGGCAACACCACGCGUGCUUGGGCGCUGGGUGCGCUGCUGUUGACAUGGAGUCUGUGUUGUAUUCCGUAUUGUUUGACAAGUACAAAGAAUGUUACGCAUAAGUGUGGGCAGUGUGGGGUGUUGCUUGCGACAUGGCAUAGGAGUGGGCACACGGAGGUGCAUUUGUAUAAGUGAAGGGGAUUCAAUGGCACGGCGGGCAGGAGCAGAAUGGAAGGAGUAAUGUAUGAUGGAGUGGUGGGUUGUACGGUACUUACUAUGACCACGCCGGCAAUUUUCCUUUGUGUUUCAUUAUCUUUUGGCGUUGUAGGUUUU